CCUUGCCCUCCACCAUCACCAUCUGCCGACCUCUGGACAUACGCUCUUUCUCAACCUCCUGUUAAAUCUUUGAAGGACACCAACUGCCUACGAUGAGGUCGAAGUUCAAGGAUGAGCACCCGUUCGAGAAGCGCAAGGCGGAAGCGGAACGCAUUCGCCAGAAGUAUCCUGACCGUAUUCCUGUGAUCUGCGAGAAGGCGGAUAGGACGGACAUCCCCACUAUCGACAAGAAGAAGUAUCUGGUGCCAUCGGAUCUGACCGUCGGCCAGUUCGUGUAUGUCAUCAGGAAACGCAUCAAGCUUGCGCCCGAGAAGGCCAUCUUCAUCUUCGUCGACGAGGUCCUCCCACCCACAGCGGCACUCAUGAGCGCUAUAUACGAGGAACAUAAGGACGAGGACAACUUCCUCUACGUAUCCUACUCUGGCGAGAACACGUUUGGCAGAUCAGAGUUUGAGACGCUAUGAUACCUUCCUUCGGCACAGAAUCCGUUGUAGACCGUGGCUUGCAGGUGGUUUGACUUUGUAUCUAUGAUGAGGGGGCGUCUACCUACGUAUUAGUUUGGACGUUAUACCCCGCUCACUCCUGUCCUCUCCUGAUCACCCUCUGUAUUAUAAUCCGUUUACCAGAAAUCGAGAAAUGCAAUGGACGGAGGCGUGGCGAGGGAUGUCUGGAUGUA